GCAGGGAGAAAACCUCUUUGUUUCUCUUUCUCAGAGGAGGUAUGUGCUGGGCAGGAAAAAACAGGCAAAUGCUUCUCGCAGGGUCAGGGCAGCUUUUGUAAAACUUGAUGAAGAUACUGGAAGAGCAUAAAACUUCAGCUUCUUGCGUUUUGAAGUGACGUGCGCCUUUCUUUACAAAGCCACCUGCUGCUGAAGAAUAGCUGGUGAAGCGUAUUAUUCAUUUACCUUUGGAGGCCAGUUUAGCAUAAAACAGAAGGGUUUUCUUGGGUGAUUUUCUUUUUCUUUUUUCUCGGGAACUGUUGCUUUUCUGAAUUUGCAGUCCAAGUGGCCAUUUUGCAGUUGAGGAAGGUAGAGAGAAGAGAGGAGAUGUUCUAGUUUCCCUCGAGCCAGACCGAUGAGAUACGAGCCACUGCAGUUUCAGUCGAGGCGUCAGCUGGUGUAGAGCAGCUGAGCUGUGCGCUGGUGAGAAGGUGGGACCUCCCGGUUUGUGGGGACCGUACCAAGCGGAGCUGAGGUCUGCCUGUUGCUGGAUGGUCUCACAAGACAGCAAGUCAGCAUGCUCUGUGGUCUGAGGAGGGAUGUGAAGAACAACUUUGAUGAAGGCCCGUAUUCGAAGGGGAACCGCGACUCUGCGGGGACCGACAAUACCAUGGCCUCCAGACGACAGAGUCUACCAGGAGAGCUCCGGGGGCUGACAGUGGUGGAGCUGAUCAAGAAGGAGGGCAGCACCUUGGGCCUGACAAUCUCCGGGGGCACCGAUAAGGACGGCAAGCCCCGCGUCUCCAACCUGCGGCCAGGGGGCCUCGCUGCCAGGAGCGACCAGCUUAACGUGGGAGACUACAUCAAGUCGGUCAAUGGGAUCAACCUGACCAAGCUGCGCCAUGAUGAGAUCAUCAGCCUGCUGAAGAACGUCGGCGAGCGGGUGAUGCUGGAGGUGGAGUACGAGCUGCCCCCACCAGCUCCAGACAGUACAUCAGGUGUCAUUUCCAAGACAAUCGAGAUAUGUUUGCACAAAGAAGGCAACAGCUUCGGCUUCGUGAUGAGAGGAGGCUCUCAUGAAGACUGGCAGAAGUCCCGCCCCCUGGUGGUGACCUAUGUGAGACCGGGAGGACCUGCAGACAGACAGGGCACCCUGAAAGUCGGCGACCGGCUGCUGAGUGCCGAUGCCGUACCCAUGCACAACGCCAGCCACACCGACGCCCUGGCCGUGCUGACGCAGUGCGGCCAGGAGGCGCUCUUCCAGAUCGAGUAUGACGUCUCCAUUAUGGAUACAGUGACGAACGCCUCGGGCCCCCUGCUGGUGGAGAUAGCCAAGUCGCCCGGCACCGCACUGGGCAUCACCCUGGCCACAGCCACACACAGGAGCAAGCAGGUCAUCAUCAUCGACAAGAUCAAGCCUGCCAGCGUGGUGGACAGGUGUGGGGCACUGCAUGCGGGCGACCACAUCCUGUCCAUCGACGGCACCAGUACAGAGCACUGCUCCCUGCUGGAAGCCACACAGCUGCUGGCCAGCACCUCCGAUCACGUCAAGCUGGAGAUCCUGCCCGCGCACCACACCCGGCUGCCCAGCCAGCCGCAGGACACCGUGAAAAUACAGAAGAGCGAUAACGCCCACUGCUGGGAUCCCUGUGUAAAUUACUGCCACAUGCAGCACCCUGGACACUGCAAAACCCCCACGUGGCCGUCAUCGAGCAACCCGGCCAGUCAAGACUACUGCAAAUCGCUUGUUUCCAGUGGCUUCUCCCCUGGCUCCACCACCACGUCGGGCUUCGCCAGCCAGAACUCCAGCACCCUGCCGCGUGCGGCCCCACCCAUGAGCCCGCGCAACUCCAUGCUGAAGAGGAGGCAGAGGAAGAAGGAACACAAGAGCUCGCUUUCCUUAGCCUCUAGCACUGUGGGCCCAGGUGGGCAGAUUGUGCACACGGAGACCAGUGAGAUCACCCUCCAGGGUGACCCACUCAACGGCUUUGGUGUCCAGCUGCAGGGGGGCAUCUUUGCCACAGAGACGCUCUCGGCACCCCCCCUCAUCCGCUUCAUCGAGCCGGACAGCUCUGCUGAGAGGUGA